AUGGCCUCCACCAUGAUCCAGACCUCCGGCUUCAUCCUGGGCCUGCUCGGGGUGAUCGCCGUCAUCGCCGCCACGGGCAUGAACAACUGGAGCAGUCAGGACCGCGAGGGUGACGUGGUCACCUCCGUCUACACCUACAAGGGCUUGUGGCAGACCUGUGUAGUGGAAACCUCGGGUUUCACAGAGUGCCGGGCGUUCUACACCAUCCUCGGGCUCCCAGGUACCUUCCAGGCGGUAAGGGCCUUGAUGAUCGUGGGCAUCGUCCUGGGUGCCAUUGGCGUCCUCAUCUCUAUCUGCUCCCUGAAGUGCAUCCGCAUGGGCACCAUGGAGGACGGCGUCAAGGCCAACAUGACCCUCACGGCGGGCAUCAUGUUCAUCGUCGCCGGGAUCUGUGGGAUCAGCGGGGCCUCGGUCUACGCCAACCAGAUAGUGAGCAGCUUCAUGAUGUCCACGUACAACCCCCAGAUGGGCGGAAUGGGAGGAAUGGGAGGAAUGGAAGGGAUGGGCAUGGGAGGAAACCUCGCCCCCAGGUACACCUUUGGGCCCGCCCUUUUUGUAGCCUGGGUGGGAGGGGCUGUGCUGCUGCUCGGCGGCGUUCUGAAGUGCCUGGCAUUUAAAGGGUUAAUGCCAGAAAAGUCACGCUAUAAUGCUGUAGCGUACAAGGCCCCGCCCCAGAACCAGCGCGUGUACGAGGACUCCAGGGCUGAAGAUGACAGGCGGGAAAAGCAUUUCGUUUAAGCACUGAAGUUUGAAUUGAUUGAUUUUUUUCUUAUUAGCAUUUUUCUCGUCAAAUCAAUAUAUUAGUGGUUACAAAGUAGUGUUUUGCUGUCAAAAUGCUGUCACAGAUAUAGCAUCCUACAUUAUAUAUGAGCAUUUUUAUAUGAGUACUUAUUUGUUUGGUCGAAUUUUAUUUUAUCAUUUCACUGUAUUUGCCAUAUUAACAGUAAGACUGUAUAUAAGCUGGUUUUACAAAAAUGUAUGUUUUCAUCUAUUGCCUAUUUGUAAUGAAUUAUGAAUAUUUUAACAAACUCUGUAAUGAAUUUGCAGCCAGCUAAAGAAUUACUUCAUUACUUAUAACUGAAAUCCGAUAAAGAACUACCGGAUUUAAUUUAUAAUUCAAUUUUAAUAAAAUAUGCAGUUACGGUGGUUUGCCUUCUUAUGGCUGUAUGAAUAACUGGGACUAAAAUAACCCACUAAGUAAAUGAAGCU